GGCAGGAGCACCUGUAUCACAUUUGUUUUUCUAUCCUCAGGACCUAAUAAGCGCUCACAGGACAAAAGAAGUGCUCACCUAAUGCUUACUGAAGGAAAGCACUAGCAGACCCAGCACCACUGUCACUAAAAAGCUUUAAGGAAGAUGUGGGUAGGACAAAUGUAUAAACAGUUUGCUUUAGUGACAGCAGUGAACUUCAGACAACGUUCUUACAUAUAUCUGAUCUAAAUCUCCCCCAGGCUUCAGUCCAGGCCCUGAAUGGCUGGUCUCCAUUUGGCACUACCUCUACCCUGGGUGUUAUGCUCUCCUAUAAUAAAAUAGAAACUACAAGGCUCCACUCAACUAAGCAAGACCCUUAUGAAAAAGGUGACUCUUCCCAGCUGUCCUCGAUGGGGCUCCUGAGGAACAAUUCCCAAGAGAAGCUUUUGAGCAACAAAGAGCCAACGCUGAAUAAUCCCUACACUCACCCCAAAUGGAAUACCUGUGCAAAAGCCCGGAGUUGCUACUAUCCUCACGAUGCUGGAGUCAGCCAGCAAGAUCCAAGAAGCAAUCUCCAGAGCCAAGCAAAGGGUUUGUUUUACUCAUCAGGCCCUCAAUGCCAGUAUCCCAAAGCAAAUAACCAGAAAUUCAUCCCUUUUACAAAGAAGCGAGUUGGAGUGGACCGGGCAUACCCACUGAAACCCGUGUUCCAUCGGAAGUCUCGUAGUACAGGUGAGACUGGCAUGGAUGGAGACCAGAAUAUCUCUCCAAGACCCCCUGAGCCAAGGGAGUUUUCAAACAGCAGCUUUGGUUUGAGGAACUGGACGAAUUCAUCUGUGGUUGAUACUGUUGCUGCCACGCAGGAAGAGAGGCCCAUGGCAAACCCCAGGACUGAGUGGAUACAGAUCCAAAGACUAGAAGCUGCAGGGGAGAAUUUAGAGGAAGAAAUCCGAAGAAAAGAAACCCUCUUGAGGCAGAAGCUGAAGAGGACAGAAGAGGAACUUAGAAAGAUCCAGAAGGAAAAAGAACAGGCUGAGGAAAGUGAAAAAAGAGAGUUGCAGAGACUGACACUCCGCAGGAGAGUUAAAGGUAAUAGCAACACCACGUACAAACCUAUCUUCUCCCCAGAAUACAGGUCUAAGGAGGUCUUCAGUGGAGACAGUGGAGAGGAUAAAACAUGGGGACGGUCUCAAGAAAAUUCUAGUCCAUUCCAGUUAUCUGAUUAUGGAAUACAGAAGCUCAAAAGGGAAAGACUAGUGGCAAGCAAUAACAAAAUCCGAGACCAAGCCUCAGGGCAGGUGAAGGAGAAAUUUUCUCAGCCUACAGAAGCACCAGGCAGUGCUUUGCCAGGGCCCACCAGCAAUUCUAACUUGCCGAGGGCACCAGACUCCUCAGGUUCCAGUUGUUCCUCUGAAGAACCAGAACUGGGCGAGUGCAGCCACUGUGGACGAAAGUUUCUCUUACCCAGGCUGGAGAGACACUCCAACGUCUGCAGCAGGAUGCAGGGUUCCAAGAGGAAAGUGUUUGACUCCUCCAGGGCCCGGGCCAAGGGCACCGAACUAGAGCAAUACUUGAACUGGAAGGGACCAUCCUCAGUCAAGGCUGAACCUCCUCGGAAGAGCAACUGGAGACAGAAGCAUGAAUCCUUCAUCCGUACCCUCCGCCAGGCUCGAGAGGUCCAGCAGGUGGCUGAGCAGCACAUUCCCAAGUGUAAGACCAUCAAGAACUGUCCUCCGCCUCCAAGGAAGCAUUACACUUGAGCACAUAACAGUGGAAAUCUCAAUAGUUCCAGAAAGUUCUGCUUCUCUUCAGCAGUAAAUGGGAGUAGAAUAAUUUGAUGCCAAGCAGGAAGAACUAAAAGUUUUACAUCUCCCGGAUCUGCCUGCAGAGCUGAAGUUGGUGAGGAGAAACCCAUUGCUAAGCAGCAGGAGGCAGAAGGAAGCCUUAGCUUCCGACAAAAUUACCACCUCAGGCUGGUGUGCCCUAAGAACCGAUGGGUGAAGACCCUUAAAAGUAGCAAGAAGACUACAAGAAAGCUCUCUUCUCACAAGCUGACCUGUGGUUUGAGCUAGCUAAGCACCUACAUUUGCUCUGUCUUCUUGCCACUGCCUUUGCAUGUUUGUCUGUGGUUCCUGUUAACUCUACUUGCAAGAAGUUGGCUCACUAUGAUGAAUUUGUAUCAGAGGGUCAUGGUCACCCAGGUGAUAUCUCUUAUAAAAAAUAAUACGAUUUUGUUGUAAGGCAAAUGGAAGUCCAUCCUUGACCUCCCUUGUACAUGGUCUUGGCUGAAAGCCAAUACAAGUAAGUAAUGUUAGAGUGCCAGUAUAUCCUAAACCCUCCCUGUGGUGUACUGUGUAAUAAAGGGGACCUCACCUUUACCUCACAGGGUAGGGAUGGGGGAAAGCACACUAUUUGUCUCUGUAGCUGUUCUUUUCUAAUGUCAAAAAAGGGGAAGAAACUUCAGUUUCAGCUGUUGUUAGCACUGCCUUUAAAUCAGGAUGGUAAAUUGGUUGGAUGGCGUUUCAAAUGAGGCAGCAAAAUGUACCAUCAAAGCAAGCUGGGACAUUGCUAUGUCAUGUGUCCCUGCUGAUUAUACCAAGUUAACAUCUAU